AUGUAUUUACCUGACAGAGACAAUCAGCAGAGAUCACAGAAGUAUUUACCUGACAGAGACAAUCAGCAGAGAUCACAGAAGUAUUUACCUGACAGAGACAAUCAGCAGAGAUCACAGAUGUAUUUACCUGACAGAGACGAUCAGCAGAGAUCACAGAAGUAUUUACCUGACAGAGACAAUCAGCAGAGAUCACAGAUGUAUUUACCUGACAGAGACGAUCAGCAGAGAUCACAGAUGUAUUUACCUGACAGAGACGAUCAGCAGAGAUCACAGAAGUAUUUACCUGACAGAGACGAUCAGCAGAGGUCACAGAUGUAUUUACCUGACAGAGACGAUCAGUAG